UUCUAUCAAAGUUCAAAAUGUUCGCUAAAGUGGUGCUUUUGGGGGCGGCACUGGCGGUAGCCCAGGCAGCUAUUGCGCGGGAGGAUUUGGGAGUGAAAUACCUGAUGAGGAUUUAUGAGGAUUGUUCGAGGACGGAUGGGGUGAUGCCGUGUCUGAAGAAGAAGGCGAUUUUGUUCUUUGAUAGAGCGGCUAGGAUGGAGAACAUACCCUUGGUUGAUGGGAUUGAGGUCGUGAAGACAUCGGAUCCGGAGAUAACUCCGAUCAGUGAGAACGAUAUCGAAGCGACGUUACCCAGGAACCUGAACGACAAAGAUCAGGCUUUAAGCAGCAUGCUGUGGGACAGGGUAGCAGCCUUCGCUAACUCCAGGACUAUCCAGCUGUCCUUGCCAAAGAUCACGGGACAGGAACUGAACCAGGGUGUGGAAGAAGGUCGAGGCAAGAUGAAGAAAAUGAUGGGGAUGAUGAUGAUGGGCGCGGCGAUGAAGAUGGCGGCAAUGAUCCCUCUCGCCAUCGCUGGCCUCUUCGUCUUAGCUGGGAAAGCUUUAAUAACAGCCAAGAUCGCCCUUCUUCUGGCCGGAAUCAUGGUCUUGAAGAAGAUCAUGUCCCAGAAGGGAGGUGGCGGCGGUGGUCACGAGAGCCACGGUUGGUCUUCUGGCGGCAGCAGCGGCGGAUGGGACAGACGGUCCUAUGAAGGCUACAACGACGUCUCAGACCUCGCAUACUCCGCCUACAAAAAACAAUAAACGAUCACAACGAAGAACUAUGUCUAUUUAAGUCAUCGAGUUCAAUCGAGUUACGAACUCAUGACCUGUCGAGUUCAAUCGAGUUCGUUGCGACUAGGGCCUUGUUGAGAAUGUUAAAUGUUUGAUUUUUAAAAUGGUUUUCUUGUUGUUUGUAGAUUUUGGUGGUAGUUUGAAAAUCAUAGGUCUCAGUCAUAGUGUGACUGAGUUUUUAUGUUUUUUUUUCUGAUUAAGUAUAUUCAUGUUCAUGUGUUUGAAUGGAUCUGAUAUUUUGUAUGAAUUUUGUUUUUCUUAACAGAGUGGCUAUGUCGAUAAUGAACUAAUCAGGGUCAGUUUUCGUAACAGCUUUAAUUAGACAAGGUUCUAAAACUUGACCGACUUCGCAACUCGCAAAGUUGUGUCAUUUCUAGUUUUUCCGAGACACAUGUUCCAUUUUAAUUUUUGUUUUAUUUUAUUUUAAUUUAUAUUUGUUUAAAAGCUGCCAGUGAUAAUUAUGUUUUUAGAUUUUUCAUUUUUUUCCCACCUUUUUGGAACGUUUGUCUCGUUUCUAUUAUAAUGU